AGAAUGAUAUUAAAAGUAUCAAUGAUUUGAAAGUCCUGUUUGAGAUCUAUGGUUUAGGGGCUACCUAUCAGGUCCGGGGGAUUAGGAAUCUAAUGAAUAGCUUUGUGGAAGUUCCUCCAACAAAGCUUGCCUACUGUCUUGAGGUUCUGCAAGAAUACGAGACCAAAUUCAUUUUCGAGGAUUUGGUGAAAAUCGUCCAAGAGAAAUGUUACGAAACACUCAAUAACAACUAUUCUUUCGAUGAAAUACCUCCAACAGAUUUGAUUCGUAUUUGGGAGUCCAUGAACCAAGAUCUGGUCCUCUGGGGUUGGUCUAGCUUAAAGAAACUUAAAGACGCAGCCGAGAAAGCUGCAGCUGCAGAGAAGAAAGAAGAGACGGAGAGGAAAGAAGAUUCUGAGGAGGAGUCCUGGGAACCAGUUCCUGUCAAGCCACAGCCUAAGAUAAUUGAGCGGGGACCUAUUUGCUCCAACUGUAACUCUAUCCCCUGUAUGGACAGACAACCAUUGGAUAAGCUCAAGGUUGGGACUAAGCUAAGAAGAACGCAGUUUAGCUCCGCUGAUUGUUAUGUUCCCGAAGGCAUCGAUGCAGUAGUUAUUGGUCUUAACAAUGAACCCCAAAACCAUGUUAAGGUAGACAUACUUGUGGAUGAUUCCACAGUAUACAGUUUUGAUUACUAUCCAUCGUUUCUGUUCACUUACACCUGUUUCUAAAUCUCAAUUGUUCCAGAUCGUUCCAUUUCCUCAGAUUUUGGCACAGUUGGUAUUAAUUAAAAAAGUUGUUUAAGUUCUAUGAAAUAAAAUAAUUUAACUA